ACUAGGCUAUCCCUUUAACGACUGUGCACAGGAUGUAGGCUGCUGUCUCAUCCGUUUCUUCUCAGACGUUGCACAUUACAGAGCACUUUAUGGGUGACAUUUGGGCUUAUUCCCUGCCAAAGGCCUAUAUAAAGCAGAAAUGAGAAAGUGACACGCUUUGUUCCUGUUCGUUCGUGUGUUGCGUUGGGCUGAGCGUAGCUUCGGCGCUGGCAGCUGUCUGUGUCGCUAGUCACAAGGAGGACCCGACCAUCUGAGGCAGUGAUGGGGGUAGUGGAUGCACGCUAAGCCGCUUUACAUCCUGCUCAUACGGCCCGUUGGGAGGUCUAAUGAGAAACCAUAAACACACUCCGAGACUCAAACAUGUCAAAUAAUCGAGGGAUUCUGCGGUAGCAACAUUGUCCACACCGGACGGACAUCCCGAAGGAAUGUUUACCCUCACAGAAGUCGCCUCUCUGAAUGACAUCCAGCCAACGUAUCGCAUCCUCAAACCAUGGUGGGACGUUUUCAUGGACUAUCUGGGCAUCGUCAUGCUCAUGUUAGCCAUCUUCUCCGGCACCAUGCAGAUCACCAAGGACCAGGUGGUUUGUCUUCCGGUUCUAGAACCAAACCCAGAGGAGUCCGGAGGGGUUAUAAGACCUGAGCCCACUGAAAGCAACAAUGGAUUUUGGAACCGAGAGAACGCGAUGGGUGAACAGGCUGCCCCCCUCAUUGCUAGAAGACUUCCAAGAGCCAUAGAUCACCAAGAAUAUGUAGGGCAGCCUAAUCCAACUGGCGUACGAACCAAGUUGGAUUUUCAGCAAUAUGUUUUCGUCAACCAGAUGUGUUACCAUGUCGCGCUUCCAUGGUAUUCUAAGUAUUUCCCUUACCUCGCCCUCAUUCACACUAUAAUUUUAAUGGUUAGCAGCAACUUCUGGUUCAAAUACCCCAAAACAAGUUCCAAAGUUGAGCAUUUUGUCUCUAUUCUUGGCAAAUGUUUUGAAUCACCAUGGACUACAAAAGCACUAUCUGAAACAGCUUGUGAGGAUUCAGAGGAAAACAAGCAAAGGUUGGCGGGCGCGUCAACUCUACUUAAACAUUUAUCUACUAGCAGUGAAGAGGGGAGUCCAAACCAAUCUGCCCCAGUGCUAACCAAAUCUGGUGUCACGUUUUCGGUAGAAAAGCUAGUUAGUGAAAUCCCAUCGAUGACCAUUUUGGACAAGAAGGACGGUGAGCAAGCAAAAGCAUUGUUUGAAAAGGUACGCAAGUUUCGCGCACAUGUUGAGGACAGUGAUUUGAUUUACAGAUUAUAUGCCAUUCAAACAGUCAUCAAAACUGUUAAAUUUAUUCUCAUUCUAUGUUACACCAUGACUUUUGUUGCAUCUAUUGACUUUGAUCACAUAUGCGAGCCUGAAAUCAAACACCUCACUGGAUACGCAAAGUUCCAAUGCACACAUAACAUGGCGUUCAUGUUGAAGAAGCUACUUGUUAGCUACAUAGCCAUAAUAUGUGUUUACGGUGUCAUCUGCAUAUAUACACUUUUCUGGCUAUUCCGUCGACCACUUAAAGAGUAUUCAUUUGAAAAAGUACGGGAAGAAAGCAGUUUUAGUGAUAUCCCCGAUGUUAAGAAUGACUUUGCAUUUCUCCUUCACAUGGUUGACCAAUAUGACCAGUUGUAUUCAAAACGUUUCGGGGUGUUCCUGUCUGAAGUGAGUGAAAAUAAACUUAGAGAGAUCAGUUUAAACAAUGAAUGGACUUUUGAGAAAUUGAGGCAACAUGUUACUCGCAAUCCUCAAGACAAGCUAGAACUCCAUCUCUUCAUGCUAUCUGGAGUGCCAGACGCUGUUUUCGAUCUGACUGAUUUGGAGAUACUAAAACUAGAACUUAUCCCGGAAGCAAGGAUAACUGCAAAGAUUUCACAAAUGAUCAACUUACAAGAGUUGCAUUUCUACCAUUGUCCAGCGAAAGUUGAGCAAACAGCUUUCAUUUUCCUCCGCGAUCACCUCCGUUGCCUUCAUGUCAAAUUUACAGAUGUUGCAGAGAUCCCAAGCUGGUUGUACAUGCUGAAGAAUUUAAGAGAACUGUACUUAGUUGGAAAUUUGAAUUCGGAAAACAACAAAUUGAUCGGACUUGAAUCUUUGCGUGACCUAAGGCAUUUGAAAGUACUGCAUCUUAAAAGCAAUCUGACAAAAAUCCCAACCAACAUCACAGAUCUGUCUCCACAUCUGCUCAAGUUGGUUGUCCACAAUGAUGGCACGAAAUUACUCGUUCUGAACAGUUUGAAGAAAAUGAUGAAUCUUGCUGAACUGGAGCUACACAAUUGCGAACUAGAGCGUAUCCCUCAUGCCAUUUUUAGCCUGACCAACCUGCAAGAACUCGAUCUGAAAUCCAACAACAUUCGCACCAUUGAAGAAAUCAUCAGUUUUCAACACCUCAAAAGACUCACUUGUCUCAAACUAUGGCACAACAAAAUUAUUACCAUCCCCAUUUCCAUUAGCCAUGUGAAAAACCUGGAAUUGCUUUAUCUCUCACAUAACAAACUCGAAUCCAUCCCUGCUUCCUUAUUCAGCCUUCUCAAACUCCGCUACCUUGAUCUCAGCCACAACACCAUAUCCUCAAUACCAUUAGAAGUUGGCUUUCUGCAAAAUCUUCAACACUUCGCCAUUACCGCCAACAAAGUGGAAGUAAUUCCCAAGCAACUGUUCAAGUGCGCCAAAUUACGGACGUUAUGCCUUGGGAACAAUUGCAUUUCCUUCAUUCCAGAGAAAAUUGGUCAGCUAACGCAACUCACACACCUGGAGUUAAAAGGAAACUGUUUGGACCGUCUUCCGGCUCAGCUCAGACAGUGUAGUCUCCUUAGAAAAAGCUGUUUCAUUGUAGAAGACCACCUUUUUGAUUCACUCCCAAUAGAGGUGAAGGAGAGCGUCAACCAGGAGUCCAGUGUGGCUAUGGUCAAUGGGUGCAAGUGUUUCAGUGACAGUCGAUAG